CCCAAUGGAGGAUGGCGGUUGGAAUACUAUUGAAUCUGAUCCAGCAGUCUUUACUCAACUCUUGGAGGAUCUUGGUGUCAAAGAUGUCAAAGUAGAAGAAGUUCUACAGUUAGAUGCAGCUUUCUUACGUAGUUUAGAGCCAGUUCACGGUCUCAUAUUUCUAUUCAAGUGGUUGCCAGAUCAAGGAAGCGAACAAGAAUUGUCCUUUUCUCAAGAUGUCGAUUUAUUCUUUGCCAAUCAAGUAAUCCAAAAUGCUUGUGGCACUCAAGCACUACUCUCUGUUGUUUUCAAUGCAAAGGACUUGGAACUAGGCUCUGAACUUGCCGAGUUUAAGGAAUUCACCAAAGACUUUGAUCCACAAACCCGUGGUUUGGCUCUGAGUAACUCGGAAACGAUUCGUUCUGCACAUAAUAGUCUAUCAGGAUUGCAGCAUUUCUCUUUUGAGUUUGAUGAGAAAGAGAAAAGCGAUUCUUUUCACUUUAUAAGUUACGUUCCAUUUCAAGGAAGGAUUUACGAAUUAGAUGGUUUGAAGAAAGGCCCCAUCUGUAGAGGUUCAUAUACUGCGGAAAGACAUUGGACAGAUGUAGCUAUCUCAGAGAUAGAGAAACGUAUUGAACGAUAUGGUGAAGGAGAAAUACGUUUCAAUUUGUUGGCAGUUGUGAGGGAUCCUUUAAAGAUAUGGCAACAAGAAUUGCUAUCUUAUCAAACUGCCUUGGAAAGUUGUUCUCUGGAAGUGGAACGGAUGAGUAUUUCCAUGCAAAUGAAGGAGAUACAAACUCGCAUGGAAGAUGAGAAGAGGAGAAGUAUUCGAAGAGAGUCGAACAGGAGACGGCAUAAUAUGUUACCAUUUAUCUUUCAUUUGUUCAAAUGGUUGCAUGAAAAUAGUGACUUGUCAUUUACAUAGGAAUAUGAAAGAAUGUAUGAGACUUUAUUUACAUUGUUCGA